AUGACCAAGUACGCGCGCAUCGCCGAGAAGAAGCUCUCCACGCCGAUUGCGCAGCUGUGCGCCGGCCUGCCGGUGCAGUUUGCCUCGUACAUGCACUACGUGCGGACGCUCACUUUUGACCAGACGCCCGACUAUCGCUACCUGCGCAACCUCUUUCGCUGUCUCUUCUUCAACGAGUGCGAGGCCUAUGACAACGUCUACGACUGGACGCCACUGAACUCGAGCAGCGAGUACGACGAAGAGCAGCAGCAGCAGGGGGUGGCCAAGGUGGAGUGCAAGGCUAAUGUGGUGGAGGCCGUUGGCUCGCCCUGGACGGCGCCGAGUAGGCCGCCGAUGUACUUUAGUCCUGGUGGUUGUGGCCAAAAUGGUGGCGGCAAUUACGGCGGCAAUGGCAACCCCUUUGCCUCGCCGGUUCGCCUCAAGCCCUCGGCGCCAUUCGGGCAGACGCGAUGGUACAAUCAUCGAGGAGGAGGAGGUGAAGGUAAUAAUGGCCCCAACAUGAUUACGCCCUCUCCAGCGGCCCAUCCCUACUCACUUCGCCGUCGCAUGCUUCCUGACCUCUACCUACUGCCGACACGGGUCGCCGUGGAGAACCUCAAUGCCGCCGUGGAUGUUUCCAGUCGGAUCGAGCAGUUCAACAAUAACUUCAACAAUAACAACAACAACAACAACAACAACGUCAACAACGGCGGUCACAGCCGAAACAUGGUGGAUGUCUAUGCUCUGUGA